CUACUUCACACCACAUUAGAGAGAGAAAGAGAUAGAGAGAGAAUUCGCCGGAGAAAAUGGAAAUUCUGAGAUCUCAGAAAAAAUCUUCUUCAGACGAAAUCGCCGUCGUUUCUAUUAUCCCGCUUUACCACUCUCCUCCUCAACUGGAAGUUCGUCUCGAAGAUUUCGAACUCUUCGCCAUUGAUCGUCUCUGAGUACUCAAGGGAAUAUCUGACGGACUUUCUCGAGGAAACAAGCAUGAUGAAAUUGAAAUAUUGGGAGGAAUUGAGUAAAUGGUUCUUGUCCAUGGAAACAACUCUUUCCCGGUAUCGAUACAAGCUUGAGAGCUUAGAAAGUCAGAGGGCUCUACUAGCUGAGUUUAAUCUUCCUUACAGAGUUGUCAGCAAUGCAGAAUUUGAGAGUGUGAAGGAGAAGCUAUCACAAGUUGCAAGAUCUAUUGGGCAGCCUUUGAGCAACGGUGCCAUUGGAAGAAGUUCCUGAACUUGUUGCUGGGUGCAGAGUUUCCAUCCAUAAAGGGCAUGCCUACGUUGCUAUGAAUCAGGUUGUUUCUCUUAUUGUCGCGCAAUUUCGCAGCAAUUAUCAAAAGCUCUAAUACUCACAAAUAGCUUAAAAACAAAUGGCAUACGAGGAUCGAUACGUGCAAGCUCCAAAAUAUGAUUGUCUUUUGUUUGAUCUAGAUGACACUUUAUAUCCUCUUAGCUCUGGGUUGGCAAAAGGAGUCCUGAAGAACAUUCAUGACUACAUGGUUGAAAAACUAGGCAUCGACAGGAGUAAGCUUGAUGAUUUGUCUAACCUUUUAUACAAAAACUACGGCACAACAAUGGCUGGUCUUAGGGCAAUUGGCUAUGAUUUUGACUAUGAUGAAUAUCAUAGUUUUGUUCAUGGGAAGUUGCCUUAUGAGCACCUUAAACCGGACCCAGUUUUAAAGUCUCUUCUAUUGAGCUUGCCUUUUCGUAAAGUUAUAUUUACAAAUGCGGAUAAGAUCCACGCGGUUAAGGUGCUAAGCAAGCUCGGGUUAGAGGAUUGUUUCGAGGGUAUUAUUUGUUUCGAAACUUUGAACCCAACCCACAAAAAUUUUGCUUCUGAAGAUGAAGAUGAUAUCGCAUUUGUGGGAUCAAAGCCUAUGGUUUCCAACAUCAACAAAGCUAGUGAUACUAAUGACACUCAAAUUUUUGACAUAAUUAGUCAUUUUGCUAAUCAAAAUGUUGCAACAUUGCCUAAGACACCCAUCGUUUGUAAACCUUCAGAAUACGCAAUUGAACAAGCACUUAAGAUAGCCAAUUUGGACCCUCAUAGAACGAUAUUCUUUGAUGAUAGUGUCAGAAAUAUAUUGGCUGGAAAACGUGUGGGUCUUGACACUGUACUGGUGGGUACUUCUCAUAGGCCAAAAGGUGGUGCUGAUUAUGCAUUGGAAAGCAUCCACAAUCUAAGAGAAGCAUUACCAGAGCUUUGGGAAGCUGAUGUGAGGGCUGAAGUUUACUCUGAGAAAAUAUCAAGAGAAACAUCUGUCAUUGCUUAAAAUAAUUACCGAGGUCCGGCGGAAAAAUAGCUCGAUGCCAGGAUGAUAAAAAGCUUAACGCCUCUCAUUCUUAUUACUUUUCGAUAAAAAAAAAAAAAACGAAAAGCUCGUCUUUACCUCGUCCAAAUUUAGUUUUCUGCUUCUACUUCAGCACGCGAAGUAGAAGUAAAAUGGCACGAAUAAAUAAAUUAUUCGAAAGAAGCUAGUUAAAUCAUGUUCGGAGAGCAUCAUCUAGUAGGACACCCUUCUCUUUCAAAAAAAAAAUCUAGUAGGACACCCUGUAUCAUAAAUGAGAUAUGUACAGUUUUUCUCAUGUAUUUAUGUUCCAAUUCCAAUUAUUUUGGCA